AUGACGAAAACUGCCAAAAAGCCCGGUGGUGAAUCUUCACCUGCUCGGAAUGGCCCGAAGUUUUCGCUGUGGAAUUUUUGGGUUAGUGCGACACUUUUGAAGCUACUUUUGAUCCCAGGUUAUUAUAGCACAGAUUUCGAUGUUCAUCGCAAUUGGCUUGCAAUUACCAACAAGCUACCAUUGAAAGAGUGGUAUUUUGAAGAUACCAGUAUGUGGACUCUGGACUACCCACCAUUUUUCGCAUUUUUUGAGUGGAUUUUGUCGCUAUUCGUACCAAAAUUUGUGCGAAAAGAUGGGUGUCUUGACAUCGUGAAAGUUGGCGAUUUUGGGCUCCCCACGGUGAUAUUCCAGCGUGGCACCGUCAUUUUUAGUGAAAUUUUGUUGUUUGCAGUUUUGCAAAUUUACAUAAACAAGAGUUCUCUUAGCGAACGGUCUGCAAAUUUCGUCGUUGCCAGCAGCAUUGUACUAUCUCCCGGGUUUCUCAUUAUAGAUCACAUUCAUUUUCAAUACAACGGGUUUCUGUUCUCGAUCCUAAUCGCAGCAAUUCUUGCUGCAAAGCACCAGCGUUACUUAUUUUGUGGGUUUUUUUUCGCUACCGCUUUAUGCUUUAAACACAUCUUUCUUUACCUGGCACCCAGUUUUUUUGCAUUUCUGUUGCGAGUGUAUGUUUUGAACUUUUCAAACUUCAAGUUCAAGAGUUACUAUGAUUUGAUUUCGAUCGUUCAAUGGAAAAACCUAUUCAAAUUGGGUGGGGUCGUGCUAGCUGUUUUCACCGUCAGCUUCGCACCCUUUAUUUCUCAGUGGCCGCAAGUGGUAACCAGACUCUUUCCAUUCUCCAGAGGUCUGACGCACGCUUACUGGGCACCCAAUUUCUGGGCCAUAUACACUUUACUCGACAAAAUUUUGACGCUAUUAUUUUUGAAAGUCCCUUACGUCCACAGGUUGCUCACGCAGAUUAUUGCUCCACCACUAAUUCCAGCAACUAUCGAAGAGAUUAAAUGGAAACUGCAACAGUAUAACGUAGGGACGAAGGGUCUCGUCCAAGACGUCUAUUUCGUGAUCCUACCCCAGAUCCAGCCUAAAUUAACGUUUCUACUCACUUUGUUCUACCAAAUACUGGCGGUGAUACCAGUUCUGUUCAGCCCUUCAUUCAAAAGAUUUGUGGGAUCCUUGACUCUUUGUGGGUUUGCUUCGUUCCUGUUUGGCUGGCACGUCCACGAAAAGGCAAUCAUGUUGGUGAUCAUUCCUUUCUCCUUUUUGGUCAUAUCUGACAGAAGACUUUUGACACCGUUCAGGCUCGUGGUAUCUGCAGGCUACGUUUCAUUGUUUCCCCUUCUGCACGGAUCGGCUGACUUUCUUCUGAAACUUCUCUACACUUUAGUUUGGAGUAUUAUCUAUUUCCUUGCAUUGAGGCAGGUCACCAAAAUGUCAUCCAGUGUUCGGCGUCGCGUGUUUUUCUUCGACCGUUUUGCCCUUUUCUACAUCAUUAUGCUGCUGCCUAUGGUGAUUGGAGUCCAGAUGUUGGAUGCGCUGAAAUGGAGAUAUGAAAUCCUCCAGAAAUAUGAGUUUGCAGGCCUUAUGAUUUACAGUAUUUACUGCUCAAUUGGCACACUUAGCUCAUGGGUAGGACUUUCAUGGCUGUACAAUUUCGACGAGCCACUUUGGGAAUGA